UUUCAAAACACAGCAUAAGCAAUUUUUUUUAAAAGUGGCAUCAAAAUCAAAUAAUAUGAUAAUUAGAAGUGGACGUCAAUUCGGCCUAUCAUUGGGCUUUGUCUUGUAUGAGAAAGGCCCAAUAGUUUUUCUUAAUUUUCCAUCCCAACUCUCUAACAAACAAACGUGUGAUUUUGAGACUUGCCUUUCAGAGACAAAUAUGACCAUUCGGUAAUAACAAGAAAAUGAUAUAUAUAUUUUUUUUUUCUGGAUCAAAUUUGAAUCACGCCAACGGUCAAAAGGAUUGAGCUCGCCAUCUCCAUUCAGAACAACGCAUAACCUUUCCCAUCCCGGGCUCUGUUGAUUAAUCUCAGCCGUCCAUCCAGAAACGACGUCGUUGGGUUCGCAGCCGUGAAAGCUGAAACGUCCUACAGUUCCUUCCCAAAUAGCCAAAUAGAAGAUGGAGGAUUGAUGAUAGAAGCCCAUUCGUCUGAGCCAUUUGGAGCUUUCUUAGCGUGACACAAGGAGGUUGAAGAUGACAAAGAAUAUGGUUUUGAAGAAAAGCAAUGACCACUGGGCUUUUCUGGAAGAAAUUGAAGCUCCUAUGUGGGUGGAUCUUACAUUAGAAUCCAACUCAAACAACCAACAUAUUGAUGAUGAGUGGUUUUACAGAAGCCACCUGUUCCACCAAUGCUCUUCUCGCCAGUUGAAGGCUGCAUUUUCCAAUUCCUGUGAGGAUAUUAUGGCCUUAAACUAUGACUUAAAGGGACCAUCUUCGCCAAAACUUCCCUCUUCUGUCUCUAAGUCAAGAGGCAAAGACUUUGUAAACAAGAAAUGGAUAGGGGACAACCAGGAUUUUUCAUUAGAUAAGCGGAACCCAGAAAAAGUUCUGAGUGGGACAUCUUCCUGCGGGAAUUCAGGGUCCAGUGAUGAUAUGAAACCCAAAUCAAGCUUUAUAAAUUUGAAAGGAACAUCGAGUUCCAAAUCAAGUUCAGUUUGUAAAAGCAGUUUCUUUGGAAAUCCCAUAACCAAUUGCUCUAAGCCAAUAUCUUCUUGUGAGGAUCCAACAUGUACUCUGAGUUCUAUGACAAACAGGGCAGAUGAAAGCAGUACAACAAGCACCAUUACAUCUGAAAGUGACCAGCAGAAACAACAGAAGUUUACGGAGAAAUCAAAUCAGGCGUUGAGUCAAGCAAAUGGGCUAUUGUCAGUCAUAAAGGCUCGCCUGAGGAAAAGCGGUGUUACAAGGCCAGCAUCCAGAGUGGUGAUUAAUGGUGAUAGAAGGCAAUCAAGAGGCCGUAAAUCUUCAUCCAGCAAGUCUAGUGUGGGAUCAUCUUCAAAUCCUUGUAAUGAUGGCAGGACCUCAACAUCUACGUCAAUACAGUACAAAGAAAGAACCCCAGAUAGCAGAAAUGUGGCAAGAAUGACUCAUGCAUCCAAUAACAGAAUAAAAUCUUCUAAAGUAUCCAAGACAACUCAUAAGAUUGAUCGAGGGACUACAAAGUACAGAAUGGCACCUAAUGUUGCAAAGCCAGUCCACCUGGAAGCUGCAAAACCAAAGGUGUGAGAUGUGCUAAUCUGAAACACAGACAGUGAAGAUUUUCGUGUUUUCUUAAGUUGAAAAAUUCUAAGCCAUGGUUCGCUUAAAGAUGACGUACAGAUAUCUGAAAUAGGCUCCCACUUGUGUAAGAGACUAGUCUAAAUAACCUUACUAGACAUGUUGGAGCAUAGAAGUACAUUGUAGCUUAGCUUCUAGGUCUAUUAGAAUAUCUAGUUAAUAGGUGUGUGAUCUGGUUUCCUAAACUUAUUGAUUAGGUUGUUGUUCAGUUUCCCAUUAAGUCCAGGACUGCAAUCUAUCUGAACUCUUCUAGGGCUGAGAUUAAUGUAUCUCAUUCUCUCCCUAUUUUCUCAGCAUGCUAUCAAAGCAUCGGUUCUGAGAUGUGGUCUUCUUAAAGAGAUCUGUUUAAUGGCUUCACCACAUCUUUUCAUUUUGUUCUCUAGAGGGUUUCUUUUUCCUUUUUUGGGUUCAUUGUUUCUCUUGUUGGUUUCAUUGUCAUUUGUCAUCUUUUACUGUCAUAUGCUUGGUUUAUGCAUUAUCGUCUUCGACAUCUUCACUAAUUGUCAAAAAGAUUUUAUUCUUUCUGUCUUUCCAAUCAUGGUCCUCACAAGAAAUUCAUUCUCCCUUGCAAUCAGAUCUUGUUGCUUUUUGUUCUUGGUGUUUUAGCACAAGUCUCAAUUUGGUUGUGGGUGUUCAAAAUAUCCUCGUCAAAGCUACUCUCUUGGUUUUGUUUGGCUGCAAGGUUAUUCAAGGGUGAUCCUUAAUUGAUUGUUGGUUACUCAUAUUUUGACUUUGACUGCUGAAAUUAACUGCUGUUCAAGGUUUUCUUAUUAAUACUGGUGUUCAAGUUAGAUACUGGCAGAAAAAAAGGGGUAAUCUAGUUUUCUAAACUGAGUGAUUUUAUUAAACCCAAUCUCCUCCCCUCUCCCACACACACAAAAACCCACCACACCACACCCCCACACC